AUGGAUCUUCGCACUCGCCUGGCCGCUGAUUACUCUAAUGUGAAGCUCAUGGACCCGGAUAGAGACACCUACCCAAAGGCUGCUGUAUUGCAAGUGCUCGGUAUGCUCAGCGAUGAACAGUCCUACAUGGAGGAUAAAAGGACAGUCCUUCGAGGUGUGUUCAUUACUGUCGUCUGUGGAGAGUAUUAG